GAACCUAAAGCGCAAUAUCAAUAUCCGGAUAGCUUCAUCUCGAGCUUGUAAUCGCGACGAACAAUUGACCUUCCACAAUCUGAUAUUGCAUUGCGGCGACAAAGGAAAGGGAUUACAGACAAGCAAUUUCCAAGAGAGAAAAGAAAAGAUAUCCACCAAUAUGUCGGCCAAAUACGCAUUCUCGCAGACUUUGAAGGAAGUCAGGUUUUUAUUUUGUCAAACCGGCGCUCACAGUGAUGCUACUAGAUCAUUCCUCGCAAGAACAUACCCAACAAUGAAAAAGCACAAUCCAAAUACACCAAUAAUGUUGAGAGAGGCGGCGGGUACACAACCAAAGGUUUACGCAAGAUUUGAGUUCGGGAGGGAGGUCAGUGAGGAUUUGGCUGGACUAUCGGAUAAAGAAAUCGAGGACAAGGUUACAGGAUUAGUCAAGCAAUAGACAAGAGGUUACGAAUGAAGUUACGGAUACAGAUCUGUUAAAAUUGGAGUCAUAAAAUGGAAGUCUUCAAAUCGACAUAGAAAGUGAAGGCAAGGGGUCGUUGUACAUAUCCCGCGGAGAGGAAAUGAAGAUAAAGCUUCGAAAGGAGGUGCGAUAACAAGCAUUAUAUUAUGGACUCAUGAUACGGAGAUUUCUUAAGAAGAAGGCGAGAGUUGUGAUGUGUGAAGAGAUGCUAUUUGUGGUACACGGGAUGGAGUUGAAUGAAUGAGAUAUAAGUAUAUCCCUAUUCUAUCCAAACUGACACAUUCCCAAAAUGAGUAUUGAAAAACA